AUGGGCGAGGCCGACGACUACACGAAUGGGGGCCAGCAGCAGCGAGGCGGACCCCAGUAUGGGCAACAGUACGGGCAACAGUAUGGUCAGCAGCAGCAGCAGCAGUGGCAGCAGCCACAACAGCAACAAUGGCAACAGCCGCAGCAGGAUUACUACAACAACAACAACAGCAACCAAGGUUGGAACAAUCAGGGCUAUGACCCGGAGCAGCAGGCGGCGCAGCAGCACAACCAGCAGGGCUACGGCGCACCGCCUCCAUACAGCUUCAACCCGCCGCAGGCCAACGACGAGAAGUAUGGUUUCGAUCAGGCCUUCAAGGUCGAGAAGCCAAAGUACAAUGACUGGUGGGCUGGUUUACUGUUCCUCGCCGCCUUUGCGGGCUUCGUCGUCGUCUCGGGCAUCGCAAUCCACGGCUACGUGACGGGCCGCUCCGGCUCGGGCAUCUACCAGAGCAACAAUAACAGCUUCUCGCUCAACAGCAACACCAUCAUCCUCUUCGCCUUCGUCCUCGUCGUCGCCUUUGUCCUCUCGUGGGGCUACGUAUGGCUCGCGCGUGCGUUCCCGAAACAGUUCAUUUGGAUCACGGGCAUCCUCAACAUCUGCUGGGCCCUCGGCACCGCCAUCUUCUACCUCUACAAGAAGUACUGGUCCGCCGGCAUCGUCUUCCUCGUCUUCGCCCUGUUCACAAUCUUUGCCUUUUGGACAUGGAUUCCGCGCAUCCCCUUUUCCGCCCUUAUGCUCAAGACGGCCAUCAACGUGAGCAAGAAAUACGGCCACGUCUACCUCGUUAGCCUGAUCGGCGGCCUCGUCGCGACCGCCUUUGCCGCCUGGUUCUCCGUCACCAUGGUUGCGAUAUACGUCAAGUACGAGCCGUCUCCGCAGAACCCCAACUGCGGCGCCGACGGGAGCGGGUGCAGCAAGGCGACGCUGAUCGGCCUCAUGGUCUACAUCACGUUUGCCAUGUACUGGAUCUCCGAAUGGUUGAAGAACACCAUCCACACGACCAUCUCGGGCGUCUACGGGUCCUGGUACUUUUGCGUGCACAACUUCCCCAAGGGCGCGACUCGUGGCGCCGCCCGCCGCGCGCUGACGUACAGCUUCGGCUCCAUCAGCCUGGGCAGCCUGCUCGUCGCCAUUGUCCAGUUCCUGCGCCAGGUCUGCUCCGUCGCGAGGGACCAGGUCGGCGGCGGCGGUGGUGUCGGGGAUAUGAUCGGAUACGUCAUCUUCUGCGUGAUCAACUGCCUGCUCAGUCUCCUGGAGUGGGCUCUCCAGUUCUUGAACCGAUAUGCGUUCUGCCACAUUGCGCUGUACGGCAAGCCGUACUUUCAAGCUGCCAAGGAUACGUGGAAUAUGAUCAAGGACCGCGGCAUCGAUGCGCUCGUCAACGAAUGCCUCAUCGGCCCGGUGCUGUCCUUUGGCGCCAUGUUCAUCGCCUUUGCGUGCGCCCUCCUGGCCUACCUGUACCUCAUCUUCACGAAGCCAGCAUACAACAGCGACGGCGGUUUCACGGCCGUCGUCGUAGCCUUUGCGUACCUCAUCGGCUUCCAGAUCGCGCACGUCUUCACGACGCCCCUGUCCAGCGGCAUCGACGCCAUCUUCGUCGCCUCGGGCUGGGACCCGCAAGUCAUGAUCAACGACCACCCGGAGCUGUACCAGGAGAUGGUGCGCGUGUUCCCCAAGGUUCAGCAGGCGAUCCAGGUGCGCUGA